AUGACAAGCUAUGGUGAAGAAGCGACACAUUUUGGUAGUGCAGCAGCCCUUUCAUCCGAGGACGUUGCACUUGGUCAGUACCGUGAAGCUGGUGUCCUGCUAUGGAGAGGAUUCACAUUAGAUAACUUUAUGAACCAGUGUUAUGCAAAUCAAUAUGAUAAUGGCAAGGGUCGGCAGAUGCCUGUCCACUAUGGUUCAAAAGAUCUCAAUUUUGUCACAAUUUCUUCUACCCUGGCUACUCAGAUGCCUCAAGCCUCUGGAUAUGGCUAUGCAUUAAAACGAGCAGGCACUGGGAAUUGCAUCAUCUGUUAUUUUGGAGAAGGAGCUGCCAGUGAAGGAGAUGCCCAUGCCGCCUUUAACUUUGCUGCAACUCUGGAAGCUCCUGUCAUUUUCUUCUGCCGUAACAAUGGUUAUGCCAUAUCCACUCCUACCAUUGAUCAGUACAGAGGGGAUGGAAUAGCUGGACGUGGCAGGGGUUAUGGGAUGAAAGCAAUUCGUGUGGAUGGUAACGAUGUCUUUGCCGUUUAUAAUGUCACCAAAGCAGCUCGUGAGAUUGCAGUGAAUCAGUCAAGACCAGUCAUGGUUGAGGCUAUGACUUACAGAAUUGGCCACCACAGUACAAGUGAUGAUUCCUCGGUGUACCGCUCUCUAAAGGAAGUCAAUUACUGGGACAAAGAGGACCACCCUAUUGGGAGGCUUAGCAGAAAUAUGGCAGAUAAACUCAACAGCGAUGGUUUUCUUAUCGAAACCACGGAGCAAGAACUAACUGGCAAAGAAACGGAAGAUAUGCAAACCGAGUUUAGCGAUUUAACCAAACAAGACGAGGACAGCCUUCUGGGCGAAGAAACGAGCGAAUUUGAAGACGACAUCCCAAGUGCUCAAGUACAGAGGCAGAAGCCUAAAACCAGGAAAAAAGUGGAACAGGCUCUCGUAGGAGCGCUGGUGAAAUUUCACCACAGGCGCAUUGAAAGACUCACAAUUAAGUUUAGAAAGCUUGAGCAAGCAAAGUCUCGAAAGAGCAACUUUGUAAAUAAGCAGUCUUCAAACAGAAAGCAACUGCCGGCUAGGACACUAUAG